AUAUAUAUAAGUAUAUUUUUAAUUGAAAUUAACCUAGAAAUAUGAGUAGACAAGGCAAAGGGGGCCCAGUGCCAAACAGGUGGAUGAAUUGUCCCCGGAAAGCUUCUGAGCUAAUAAUUGAUAAAUUUAUGGCUUUCAAAACUCCACUGUCUGCUGAUUAUGAUGAACUAAUAUUACCACAAAAUAGGUUUUAUCCACAAAUGUUAUUUGAUGUUUGCCGGGCAAAGAAGAUCAAGUUUGGUAUAUGGGUUGAUUUAACGAAUACAACAAGGUUUUACAAUAAAAAUAUAGUAGACCAAAACAGAUGUAAAUACAUUAAAAUGCAAUGCCGAGGUCAUGGAGAGACUCCAACACAGGAACAAACAGAUGAAUUUAUAAAUUUAGUCCACAAUUUUAUAUGCCAACAUCCGUUAGAAUGUAUAGCAGUACAUUGCACACAUGGUUUCAACAGAACUGGAUUUCUGAUUGUUUCCUAUAUAGUUUCUAAACUAGAUUGUAGUUUAGAAAUUGCUUUACGGAUGUUUGCUGAAGCUAGACCUCCUGGCAUUUACAAGGGUGAUUAUAUAAAGGAAUUAUAUAGGAGAUUCGCUGAUGAAGAAGAUGCGCCACCACCACCAGAAAUGCCUGCUUGGUGUUUUGAUGGUGAAAUGGAUUCACCUGCCAGCUUUAGUAUGUUAUCAAAUAAUAGUCAUUCAGAAGAAUCUUCUGGAUCCUCUAAACCACAAAACCAUAAACGACGUGGACAGAAAGAAGCUGUUUUUAUGAGCGGUAUAUCAGGAGUAUAUGAAUUUACUGAGCAGCCCAAAGCACAUGAACUGAAGAAGAAAGUGCAAUUGAUGUGCGGAUGGAAAUCGAAAGAUUUUCCCGGAUCCCAACCUGUUUCAAUGGAUACACACAACAUUCAAGGCCUGCACACAAAGCCAUACAGAGUCUCUUGGAAAGCAGAUGGAACUAGAUAUAUGAUGUUGAUAGACGGUGAAAACGAGACUUAUUUCUUCGAUCGUGAUUAUAACAUAUUCCAUGUGGAUGGUUUAACAUUCCCAUACAGGAAAGAUCUUCGCGUACAUCUCAAAAAUACCUUAAUUGAUGGUGAGAUGGUAAUUGACAAAGUUAAUGGACAAAAUAUCCCGAGAUAUUUAGCUUAUGAUGUCAUUAAAUUUGAAGGAAAGGAUGUUGACAAAGAGCCUUUCUACCCAGUCCGUUUGCAAGUAAUUGAUAUUGAAAUUAUUAAACCUCGCUAUGCCGCUAUGGAAUCUGGUCGAAUUAACAAAGCAUCUGAGCCAUUCAGCAUAAGGAGUAAGCAAUUUUGGCACAUCACGCAAACGGGUAGUUUGUUAGGCGAGAAGUUCGCCGCCACCUUAUCACACGAGCCCGAUGGUCUCAUUUUCCAACCGUCGAAUGAACCAUAUGUUGCUGGAGCUUGCCAGGAUGUACUGAAAUGGAAACCGCCGAAUCUGAACUCUGUCGAUUUUAGAUUGAAAAUUGUGAAACAGGAGGGCGAAGGUAUCAUAUCUUGCAAGGUUGGUGAACUAUACGUGGGCCAGUUGGACCGUCCAUUCGAUAAAAUGAAGUACACCAAGGCGCUGAAGGAUCUAGACGGAAAAAUCAUAGAAUGCAUGUAUGAUGGAUCCAAAUGGAAGUUUAUGAGGAUCCGUACGGAUAAAACUUUUCCAAACAGUUAUAAAACUGCAAAAGCUGUGUGCAACUCGAUUUUCAAUCCGGUAACCAAAGACAUGUUACUAGAUUACAUUGAAAGAUACAGAUUUAACGAUGACAGUGAUCUGAUGCCACCGCCAAACAAGAAGAUAAGAAGAUAGUUGAGGCUUCCAUCAUGCAGAUACUUAAUUUAUUUUAUGAAUU